AUGAGCCCUUUGAAGUGUGUUUUCGGCGUCACGUCAGAGAGGUCAAUUGGAGCCCUGUUGGCGCAAGAGAAUGAGUCACAUAAGGAGCAAGCACUCUAUUAUCUAAGCCGAACUCUUACUGGUCCCGAAUUGAACUACACGCCUAUAGAAAAGACGUGUUUUGCACUUGUCUUUGCUAUUCAAAAGUUAAGGCACUACAUGAAAGCGUUCACGGUUCAUCUAAUUGCACGAGCUGACCCGGUGAGGUACGUUUUGUCAAAACUAGUCUUGACGGGGCGUUUAGCCAAGUGGGCGUUACUUCUCAAUCAAUAUGAAAUCAUCUACACUCCAGCAAAGGCGGUAAAGGGGCAAACUGUUGCAGAUUUCCUAGCCGAUCAUCCAAUUCCAGCAGACUGGGAAAUUUCAGAUGACUUACCCGAUGAACAAGUCUUCUUCGCUGACGUUUCUCCUGCUUGGAUGAUGUUUUUUGACGGAUCGGCUCGUAAAGAUGGGGCGGGGGCUGGCGUAGUCUUCAUGUCACCCGAGAGACACGUAUUGCCCUAUGCAUUCUCUUUAAGUGAACUUUGCUCGAACAACGUUGCAGAAUACCAGGCUUUGAUCAUAGGCUUACAAAUGGCCGUAGAGAUGAAGAUAUCAAGCUUAGAAGUAUAUGGUGACUCCAUGUUAGUGAUCAACCAACUGUUGACCCACUACGAAGUUAGGAAGGAUGAUCUAAUUCCAUAUCACCAAAUGGCCACGAAAUUACUAGAAAGAUUUGACUUCGUGACGCUGGAGCAUGUGCUAAGAAGGGACAACCAAAUGGCAGAUGCCUUAGCCAACCUUGCCGCUAUGUUGGCGUUGACAAAAGAUGAAGCGGUGAAUCUUCUAGUUUGCCAACGUUGGGUCAUUCCAUUAACACUUGGGGCAUCGCAAGAAGGAGUCAACGUUAUCUCAGUAUUGUCCAUUGACAUUGACGACUGA